GCGUAACUGCAGCGACCGAUGAGUCCGACGGUCCGAGGAAACCUAAGCUACCUUUUCCCAAUUUUGCACCUUAAAGACAGAUCAGCCGCCAUAUUCAGAAAGCAGAGGGUGACUAAUGAAGAUAUUUUAUUUUUUAAAAUAUAAUUGGAUGUUUUCCUUUUCUUUUCGGCUGAGGAAAUGAGCCAUGUUUUGUUUUUGAUAUCAGCUGUGUUUACUGUGUAUAGUUCCCGUUAAGGGUGACCGUUAGCUUAAUAAUUGAACCCUCCAGCCUUUUCUGCCUACAUUUUAGGCAGAAAAGACGCUUUAAUUCAAUUUAUUUUAUUUUCUCCUGGUUCGUGGGGCUGGUGCCCAGACAAUAAUCGACUCUGGAGCAGGACACGGAGGAUAGCAUGGCCAUGACUGGAGGGACGGCAGCCACCCUCUCCAUGAGCAACCACACCCGUGAACGGGUAACCGUUGCCAAACUGACGUUGGAGAACUUCUACAGCACGCUGCUCACCCAGCACGAGGAGCGGGAGACGAGGCAGAAGAAGCUGGAGAAGGCCAUGGAUGACGAGGGCUUGCCAGAUGACGAGAAAGUGAUGCGGCGUUCACAGCAUGCUCGCAAGGAGACGGAAUUUCUGAGGUUGAAGAGGACGCGGCUGGGUUUGGAUGACUUUGAGUCGCUAAAGGUCAUCGGGCGUGGUGCUUUUGGAGAGGUACGUUUGGUGCAGAAAAAGGACACCGGGCACAUUUACGCCAUGAAGAUUCUACGAAAAGCAGACAUGCUGGAGAAAGAGCAGGUGGCUCACAUCCGGGCCGAGAGGGAUAUUCUCGUGGAGGCAGAUGGUGCAUGGGUGGUGAAGAUGUUUUACAGCUUCCAGGACAAGAGGAACCUCUACCUCAUCAUGGAAUUUCUUCCCGGAGGCGACAUGAUGACGCUACUGAUGAAGAAGGACACCCUGUCCGAAGAGGCCACCCAGUUCUACAUUGCCGAGACGGUCCUGGCCAUCGACUCCAUCCACCAACUGGGCUUCAUCCACCGAGAUAUCAAACCGGACAAUCUGCUGCUCGACUCUCGGGGACAUGUGAAGUUAUCUGAUUUUGGCUUAUGUACCGGACUGAAGAAAGCCCACCGAACAGAAUUUUACAGAAACCUCACACACAACCCACCCAGUGACUUUUCCUUCCAAAACAUGAACUCCAAGCGGAAAGCAGAAACCUGGAAGAAAAACCGGAGACAGCUGGCUUAUUCCACAGUGGGCACGCCGGACUACAUCGCCCCCGAAGUCUUCCUGCAGACGGGCUAUAACAAGCUGUGUGACUGGUGGUCUCUGGGGGUCAUCAUGUAUGAGAUGCUAAUAGGCUAUCCGCCAUUUUGCUCGGAGACACCGCAGGAGACUUACAGGAAAGUGAUGAACUGGAAGGAGACUCUUGUGUUUCCACCUGAAGUCCCCAUCUCGGAGAGAGCUAAGGACAUGAUACUGAAGUAUUGCACCGAUGCUGAAAACAGAGUUGGGGCAGGCAGCGUGGAGGAGAUCAAAAGCCAGCAGUUCUUUGAGCCUGUGGACUGGGAGCACAUCAGAGAGCGUCCCGCAGCCAUUUCCAUCGAAAUAAAAAGCAUCGACGACACGUCCAAUUUUGACGAGUUCCCGGAAUCGGAUAUCCUCCAGCCAGCCAACACCACAGAACCAGACUUCAAGUCCAAGGAUUGGGUGUUCCUCAACUAUACUUACAAACGCUUCGAGGGCCUGACUCAACGAGGGACCAUCCCCACAUACAUAAAGCCAGGGAAGGCUUGACAGCCUCUAACAGGGAGUAUAAAAAAAAAAGACAUUCACGGAUGUAACAGGGUCGGGCUCACGGACGCCCCCGCUGGUGCUGAAGGCCGAACCGCCCCUCAGUGUAACCGCCCUCGCCCCUCCCACCAAGUUCUUAAGCUCUGCUCUGCCGCCAACAAGUUACCACGUUACCUCUAGUGGGUUUGCGAUGUAUGCUACGCGCGAACCGGCGUGCCAAUUACUGCUUAAUAGUUUGAACACUGGUCGCUAGGAACAAGGUCGUAUGCAAAGCUAAGUACUCGCUACUGAACGUACGCUGCCGUCGCACUGCGGAAGGUUUCAGCAUGAGUUUUAUGCUCGUCCAUCCACGAUAGUGCAUUUCCUCAAAUUGUGGACUUCGCUUCAGUAGACUCAACUAUAUUUAGGAUUGGUAAAAAUGACUAGUAAUGUACAUUUAUGCACCCAAAGGACAUUUAUUGAUUAAAAAAAAAUAAUCAUCUUGGUUCAAUUUAUUCAGAAAAAUGGAAAUGUAAAAUUAAAAGAAUUACAAAAAUUGCCUUUUCAAAGCGUGAUCUAAUAUAAAAGUAGUACUUUGACGCAGUCUUGGGACAUUUUCUUGCCAACAGAUUGCACUGAAAUGACGAACCUUCUUUGCUGACCAGGCAAAGCGCUGUGCAAUAGAAAAGUGGAGCUUUGUCGCCACCUUGUGGCACUUUUUAAUUUUCUUUAAUUUUCAUUAUCCAUCGAUUACAGUAUUAACUCAUUGAAGUUAACCCGGAUAAUUUCACUUUUCAAGGCCACAAUUUGAGGAAAUAGGGUAUUUCUCAUUCGUGUUAAAUAUAUCUCAGGAAACGUGUUUAAAAAAAAAAAAAAACACUACUAAUCCAUCUGAUAUACGUUAGUUGUGUAGUUAGUUGCCUCCGAAUGUGUAAGGGUAAGUCUUUAGGUGUUACAGGGUAAAUAAAAUAGGCUUGAAGAAACAGCAGUAGCUUUAAAGAACCCGGGGUGUAAUUCCAUUAUUUCAUAUUUUAUUAUCACCCAAAAAGCGGAACAACUCAUGCUGGGAUCUUCCUCGUGCUGAUUUCGAUGACACCCCCCCAAUAUAAAGUGUGUAAUGUGUCACAUCCCUUUUACAUGUUUUAUCUAUCUCCACAAUAUCGCCGCCCCCUUUGACUUUGAAUUCGAAUCAGACGAGGUCCAAUCAAUUCACUUCCUUCUUCGAAGUGCCUUUGCAUCUAACCGGUCAAUAAUAUUGUAUCAAUGUUAUUAAUCUUGUGGGGGCGCAAAAGUCGAUGAAACUGUCUGGAAAGUAAAAUAAGUCAAAAGUAUGAGGGAAUAUCGAUUUUAGGUCAGGCAGAAGGAAGCAAUAAAGUUGACGCGGCUGUUGGUCGAGGGAAACGACGGUAUUUGAUAAGAAAGCAUCCUCGUAAAAUAACGUGUGUCAAAGCAAACAGUCGAUGACAAAGAUGCCUUGUGUAUGUUGCGUUCAAUUAGAACACUGGAAAUAUCUUCAUUUUCGACACUCCAUAUGCAUCCUUUUUUUUUUUUAUUAACCUUUGACUUCUGCUUCAAGUUGCACAGCUCGUACAAGAAGAAAGAAAAAAGCUACCAAAGAUCAUCACAUGACCGUGAAUCCAGAUGUAGCUCACGCUUGAUGCACUUAACCUCAAACUACCUUAACAUGAAUCACAUCAACAAUCCCACACACCUCCAGAGUGUUAAAAUCCACUGUCUUGGGAAAAAAAAAAGCUGUUCCCAUUUACACCACACGGUGGUGCUAUUGCUGCAGAAAAAAUGGAGGACUUCGUCAUUCUGUUGAAAUGUUAGUGUAGUUUAUGUAUAGAUUACAAUUUGUAUAUUUUAGCGUUAUUUAUUAUUUGUAUGUCUUCGGAUCAAAUUUUAAUCCUUGUAUUUUACUCCCUUUGAAUAUAAUUAGAAUACUUUUCAACUAAGUUACAUACUUUUUAGGUCACUAAUAAACGCAAAGUUGACUAUUUUCAUGGAGUAACACUGAAAAAAUGACACUUGUGUAAAUUAACUCAUUACACCGCCAUUACUAUCGAAACACUGGCAACAAAAGUGAGUACACUGAGAGAAAAAAAAAUGGCCCCAAAGUGUCAUUUGUGAUUGAAUAGCAAUUGUGUUAAUUUUAUUUUUGUGUCAUUUGUUCAGUGUUGUUCCUCAAACGCAUACGAUAAAAAAUGAUAGGAGAUAUACAGGACAGUACUAUGAGAUGAAUUAUUGUGAUGAGUAAAAAAAAAAAAAGGGACCUAGAGGAGUACAAAUGUUAAUAAAACCUUGUUACUGUAGUGGGUAAAGGACCAAACUAGUCUCAUUUUGUGUUAGGUGCUUAUAAAAAGAAAAAAAGUAACCAUGAAAAGUCAGGACAGUGUUGUUGGGUUAUAUAUGUGAUGACGUGUUUGUAUCCUAUUUCUUGUAGCUCGGUGAAAAAGGUCACAGGGGAAAUGCUAGUCAUAUAUUCACAUGGUAACUUUUUAUGUCGACAACAUGGCAAAAUAAAAAAUAAAAAACA